AUGGAAAAGUGCACAUACAUACUCAGUCCCCCAAGGUUAACUCUCCUCAAAAGAGAUAAGAGUUAUUACAAGAGCUCUACGAGUAUCUCUAAAACCAAUAUUUUCAGCAGUUCUGAGAAACUAGAUUGCACGAAAAACCUAAAAGGAAGCUAUAGUAAACUUAAGAGAAAAAGUGGAAUGUUGAAGUACAGAUUGAAGAAAAAUGAUCAGCAUAAAGACAAUAAUCACUACACUUCGAAAAGAGUCAAUAAGCGGGCCAAAAACACCCCUUUCACAAAAUAUAGUUCUAAAGACUACUUUGCUAGUAGAAAUCUGAAGUCUGCUAUUUUUGAGAUGAAAAAGAACAGUCUGGAUACCAAAGCUUCCCGAACCAGCCUUAUGGACUUCUCAAAUCCUCCUGCUUACUUAAUGCCAACUGAUAAAAAGGUGAAGAAGGUGUCGUGCACUAUCAAGGGAACUGCUGUAAGCUAUACCACUAAAAUGCCACCUCCGAAAGAGAAAGAAGAAGUCUUCAAUAAUGGAUACACCAAAGAAAUUGCUAAGAUCAAAGAAAAAUUGAGAGAAUCUUCUAAAAAUAGGAAGAAGCUUCAUAGGAUGACUAACUCUACCAGAUUCAUAAAGUUUGAUCUGCAGAAUAACUCAAGAACCGAUCUCGAAUUGAAGUCAUCUCUGUGAACAAAUAGUACUGCCAACAGAGAUGUUAUCUCCAGUACACCAAAGGAUGACCAGACCAAGCUCAUUAGAUCUAUUACCAGCCCGAAGAGGCCAGCUGAUCUCUCAGAUACCAAGUUCUUAUCUACAAAUGGAGAUAAUACUGAUGCCUCUGAAAAAUUAGAAAAAGAAGACUUAGCCCAAAAAUUGAAUGAGGCAACCACAGAAAUCGCCAAGCUUAAGCUAGAUCUUCAGAAAGAGAGAAAUUUACGGGAAAUGCAGAUCUGCAAGCUGUGCUCUCUACAAAAAUCUCCUAAAAAUGGAAGUACUUCCAUAUCUGAAUACAUUAACAAAAGAUUAGAGAAAUAUAAAAAUGAGUAUGAGGACGAUCUCUUAUUCCAAAAGUUUGAGAAGAUUGCUGCUGAGGAUGCUAACCUUGCUUCUAACAAGGGCAGUACUGCUAAUUGCUCCUCUAUGAAUAACAGGUCAAUAAAGGCUAUUAGCAAUGACUCCAUCAGCGCAUCUAGUGAAGUAUCCUCUAAUAAAAGAUUACUUACUGAAGUAUAUCCUGAAGAAGAGAAUUCUCCUAAAAAAUUUGGUUUUACGAAUUCUAAAUUAAUGAGAAAGACUUUUAAACAAACAAGUUCUACGCUUGAUCCUGAAGCACUCAAGGCCAUGGAUAAACACCAGCUUGUCCAGAUGGUUAUGAAGUUGUCCAAGAAUUAAGGUGCCAAUGGUUGAUUGCUAUCAGAAGCUGAGAGAAUGCUUGCAACCUUUAAAGCUCAUAAUCAGUAAAAGUGCAUAUUAUCCAUAAUUUAUUAGGAAAA